ACCCAUCUCUUUGAUGACUGGUGGUUGCAGUUGCAGUUGCUUAUUUAGACAUCCUUCCAACCCUUAGGUUUUCCCAUUUUCAUUUCCACUGCAUACUCUUCUCUACACCAAAAUAUGGGAUCAGAAAUGGUGAUGGUGGAUGAUAUCCCUUUUCCUUCAGAGAUCACAACCACCAAGCCUUUAUCUUUGCUUGGACAUGGAAUUACCGACAUCGAGAUACAUUUUUUGCAAAUUAAGUUCACCGCCAUCGGAGUUUAUGUCGACCCCGAGAUCGUGGCUCAUUUGCAAAAGUGGAAGGGUAAAUUGGGAACCGAGUUAGCCGAAGAUGAUGAGUUCUUUGAUUCUAUCGUUUCGGCACCCGUCGAUAAAUACUUGAGAAUUGUGGUGAUCAAAGAGAUUAAGGGAUCGCAAUACGGGGUGCAACUCGAGAGUUCGGUGAGGGACCGAUUGGCAGCCGAUGACAAGUAUGAAGAGGAGGAGGAAGCCGCCCUCGAAAAAAUUGUCGAGUUUUUUCAGUCGAAAUAUUUCAAAAAGGAUUCGAUUAUUACGUUUAACUUUCCAACAACAUCAAACAUUGUCGAGAUUGGAUUCUCAAGUGAAGGAAAAGAAGAGCCGAAGACAAUGAAAGUCGAGAACGGGAAUGUGGUGGAUACGAUAAAGAAAUGGUACCUCGGUGGCACCACGGCUUACUCGCCUUCGACCAUUUCAUCAUUGGCCGACACGUUGUCUUUGGAGUUGUCGAAAUAAAUUUGAUCGAAUCGUUUCUUUCGUUUGUAAGUUUAUCUUUUGAUGAUUGAAAAUAAUAAUUUAAUUUCCACGUC